AUGAGGACGACGCAGAAGCGACAUGUGUGCGUCCUUAUACCAAACAAGCAGCACCUGGACUGUACUGUCAGGGUGAGAGCUAGAGGCCACGAGGUGCUGAAUAGUGUGUUGAAGCAGCUGGGUGUCAGUGAACUUCAAGUCCUCGGUCUGGCUGUUCUCAGAGAUAAUGAAUAUGUCUUUCUUGAUUUGGAGCAAAAACUGAGCAAGUACUUUGGGAAAAGAUGGAGCAGAGGAUCCUUAGCAGUCCCAUUCAUCUUAUUUCUGAGAGUGCAGUAUUAUGUAGAGAGUGGGCGACUACUUAUGAGCAGCAAAGUGCAGCAGCUCUACUACGCCGAGCUGAGGCAGAAGGUGCUGCUUUCCCAGAGCUUCCAUCAGGAAGCUUUGUUCUUCCAGCUUGCUGCUUCUGCGCUUCAAGCUGAAGUCGGAGAUCUGGAGCAGAGAGAGGGGAAUGAUGGAGAGGAGGAAGGAGAAGAAACAAGACCAGAGAGAAAACACAGACAUUACUUUCUUCCUGAAGAUUACUUCCCCUCUUGGCUGAUAAAGCGACGAGGACGAGACUUCCUGCUCCAGCACUGCCCUGUGUUACACUCUGAGCUGAGAGGUGUGUCACGUAGCCAAGCCGUCUUGCAGUUUAUAAAAGAGGCCAGCUGCCUGCAGGAUGGACCAGUCACCUUCUACAGGAUGAGACAGGAGAAAAAAGAGAGAUGUUCGAUUCUUCUUGGUGUGGCAUUGAAAGGAGUCCAUAUAUCUCAGGAGGUGGAAGGGAAGCACUGCCAAUUGUAUGAUUUUUCCUGGACGGAUAUUGACCGCUUCACUUUCCAGGGCAGCAAGUUUGAAAUUGCUGCCGUGGGCUCCCUGUGCCUCCCUAAGCUGGUGUAUUACACUCCGUCAGCCCUCCACUCCAAACACGUCCUGAGGCACCUCAGCGACAAUCACCGGUUCCACAUCAACACCAGAGAUGCAGUCGGCUACAUCCAACAGCUGGAAGACAUGCAGGCCUGUCAGUUUUACAAAGAGGCCUACAUCUGUGACACAACACGCUUAGCACACAGACUCCAGAACAACAGCCUCACAUCCUCCAUGUCUGACUGUAGUGUUGCAAUUGAAACAACCACAGCCUGGUCCAAAGAGGAGGAGGAGGAGGACGAUGACGAGGAGGAGGAGGACGAUAAAGUCUCUGAAGUCGAGCUGUGUGUGGACGAACCAGAAGAGUUUUUUGUUGACAACCCAGCUGAGGUCUUGUGGCUGGCUGAGCUGCUCCACGGUGCAUCUGUCGAUGGACCCUUGGUGUUACCCUCCUCUUACUGGGCAGCUGUCACCAUGGAGAUGAAGCAGGUGAGCACACUGCAGACCUCUCUGAUUGAAAAUCUCCAGCACAUUUAAGAUUUCAGUAUUUUCACUGAUCUUUGUGCAGGUUCUGAGGAGGAGAGCUGAUGAAGGGGUUUCUGUGGACUAAUGUACAGCCAGAGGGACUCUUUACAUGUUCUGCAGCUCAGGAUGUUGUGCAACAAUUAAUGUCACUGCUCUGAUGCUCACAUUGCUUUUCAAGUUAGUAAUCACAGACUUAAGAAAUUAUGUACCCAAUAUAUAAAUCAUGCUAAUAAUUUCUGUAUAUUUCCAGUGCAACAUAAGCUCAAACAAAUUUUGUUUACAUACUGCAUAAAAGUAAUUAUAAAAUAAGUAUGUGCUUAUUAAAUUAUAAACUAUGUAGGAUUAUUUACUUUUAUUCUCAAUAUUUUUGUGGGUAAACUAAAUAAUCUCUCUAACAGAGAAAUCAGAAUAAAUAAUAAUAUUAUUAUAUUAUUUACAGACAUCAACCACAAUCAGGUGUAAUAUAAUCAUUUCAGGACAAAUAUUUUAGUUUUUUUUUCUUUAUUUAUUGAACUGUCUCAACAAACAUAUAGACGUAUAUGUAUGUAUGUGUGUGUGCGUAAGCAAUAAAAAUUAAAUGUGUUUUUUUUCUUUAAGUGUGAAAGUCUUUA